GUUUAAAACUGUUUUGCAUUUGUACAAAUAUAUGUAUAUAUCGAUAGCUAUCGAUGUAAAUAUCGAGCUCGUGACGUGGAAUGUGUUUAGGUAGUUGGUUGGCUCCAGUUGAAUUUGUUGGCGUUUACUUUACAAAACGAUUUAUUGACCAAUUAGUACGUAAAUAGAAAAUGUUAGACUUUGUGGUCAUAUUCACAAAAGGCGGCGUGGUGCUCUGGAAUUCAAAUGAAUCCGGCAAGAACUAUGCAUCGUGCAUCAACAGCUUAAUACGUGGCGUCAUUCUAGAGGAACGAAAUACAGAGUCCAAGUAUUUUGAAGAGGAUCAUUUGGCUGUGCAAUUUAAGCUAGACAAUGAGCUCGAUGUGGUUUAUGCUGCCGUCUUCCAAAAAGUCAUCAAGCUUAACUAUUUGGAUAACUUUCUAGCUGAUAUGCAAAGUGCAUUUCAGGAGAAAUUCUCUGGCAUUGCUGCACAGGAGCGACUGGCAAUUGAUUAUGAAUUCGAGCAAGAGUUCCGAAUGGUGCUUAGCGCCGCUGAGGAGGCAUCUGCCAAACAGGGCAAAGCACCCAAAGCAAUGCGCUCCUACAACGAAUCGCAGAAAUCAAAGAAAACUGUUGCAUCCAUGAUGCACGACGAUAAGAAGGCGACCAACACAACUGAGAAGCGUGUGAAUAUACAGGAAAGUCCGCCGGCAAGCAAAUCCCAACCUGCAUCGCCACCACGUACCAAUGAGGAUAUUAUACAGGAAAAUCGCCGUAAGCUCCGAGAGAAACUGACGCCUACAAAGAAGGCGGCGGUAGAUGUGAAGCCGACCAAGCAGAGUGCCACGGAUAGAGAGAAGGAAAAGGCCGGCAAGAAGCCGCGUGUUUGGGAUUUGGGUGGCAAUUCCAAGGAUGCUGUGUUACUCGAUCGCUCCAAGGAUGCGCCCGAAGAUGUACAGCUGCAGAGCAUCAACAAUGAGCUGGUGGGCACUAUGCAGGGCAGGAUAAGGGAUUUGGAUGUGGAAAGCGAUUCGGAUGGAGCAGACAGCGAAGCCAGUGACGACAGCGAACAGGAAGAGAAACAACAGCAGCAGCAACAUCAAAGGCGGACUCAGCAACAACAGCGCAACCAACGCAAGGCCAAGAGCGGCGGCCUGCUAUCUUAUUUCAAGGGCAUUGUCGGUGCCAAGACGAUGACGCUGAACGAUUUGCAGCCAGCGCUGGAGAAGAUGCGUGAUCAUCUAAUAUCGAAAAAUGUUGCCUCUGAAAUUGCAGCGAAACUAUGCGAUUCGGUGGCCACCUCCUUGGAUGGCAAGCAAAUGGGCACAUUCGAUAGCAUUGCAAAUAUGGUUAAAGAGGCACUGACACAGUCGCUGGUGCGAAUUCUUUCGCCCAAACGUCGCAUCGAUAUUAUACGUGAUGCGCUGGAAUCGAAGCGCAAUGGACGUCCAUAUACGAUCAUCUUUUGCGGUGUCAAUGGCGUUGGCAAGUCCACAAAUUUGGCCAAAAUUUGCUUUUGGCUAAUUGAAAAUGAUUUCAAUGUGUUGAUCGCUGCCUGCGAUACGUUCCGAGCUGGCGCUGUGGAACAAUUGCGCACACACACAAGACACUUGAAUGCACUGCAUCCGGCCGAGAAGCAUAAGCAACGGACCAUGGUACAGCUAUAUGAGAAGGGCUACGGCAAGGAUGCGGCUGGCAUUGCAAUGGAGGCUAUCAAAUAUGCGCACGACACUAAAGUGGAUGUGGUGCUUGUGGAUACGGCUGGACGUAUGCAGGAUAACGAGCCAUUGAUGCGUUCGCUCUCCAAGCUGAUCAAAGUCAACAAUCCGGAUUUGGUUCUGUUUGUGGGCGAGGCGCUCGUUGGCAACGAGGCUGUCGAUCAGCUAGUCAAAUUUAAUCAAUCUCUGGCGGAUUACUCAUCCAAUGAGAAUCCCCAUAUUAUCGAUGGCAUUGUCUUGACCAAAUUUGAUACCAUCGAUGACAAAGUGGGCGCCGCCAUCUCCAUGACCUAUAUCACCGGGCAGCCGAUUGUAUUUGUUGGCACUGGACAAACCUAUGCAGACCUCAAGGCCAUCAAUGUGAAUGCGGUUGUUAACUCACUGAUGAAGUAGUUACAACUGGGACAUCUUUAGCGCUAAACUGAUUAUGUUAAAGUCGAUGCCGAUGAGCUUGUAUCCACGCCCAAUUAAGUAGAUGUGAAACUAAAUUCCUGGACACAUUGUUAAAAACCCCAAAUGAGCUCGAUGUUCCAACAACUGACAACAACAACCAACAACACCAACAACAAC